AUGCCGGGCGCUCCCAAGUCACAAAUCAAUCAUUUCUCGGCUGCCUCGAAUAAGGUCUUCAGGCGUGCCAUCAUUCUUCGGAAAAUGAUCAAAAGGGUCGCCAAAGGAAAGGAAGCAAGCAAUCCAUUCCUCAAAACGAUCAAGAUCUUUUGUUCCAAAACAGAGACAACGGAUGCCAAGAUGAUCCUCGACACAGGAUGCGAAGCUCACAAUCUCAUAUCAUAUCAAGUCAUUGAUGAUAUGCACAAGACCGAGAAUAUCAUUAAAAAGGAGUCCAUCUUGAAGUUCAUGGGCUUUGGAGGACGUACUAUGCUUCCGAAAAAGACGAAAGAUGAGAAAGCCGAAGCAGCUGAGCGACGAAGAGAACAUGACCAAGAAGUAGCAACAAAUGAAGCAGAUAUAGCUGCAAAUGAGAUGGCAAAACAGUCGGCUUCAAGCUGGUCCAAUUGGGAAUGGGACGAAAGUCAACAAUCCUACUAUCGAGCCAGGCUUAUUGGAGAUGCAUGGCAGUACCAAUACUCCACCAACCUCAUUUGA